AUGAACCACCCAUCACCUGCUAAUGCUUCUACUACAGUCCAUGUUAUUGAAGUAGAUUUUGAAUUUCUCUUUCCAACUCAACCCUCUACCUUAGAAUCAGAAAAGCUCACUAAAACAUAUUCUCAUGAUGUCUCUCUACCUCAUCAACCAUCAAAAGUUUCCAAUUCCACCAAAUCUCAGGUUGAGGGGGAACCAUCUUUGAAUUAUUCUAUUCCUAAAGAUGAUAUCAUAAAAAAGCUUGAUGAAAACACCACCUGUCUACACUCAUAUCAAAAAUACAUCCAAGGAACUACUUUGUCUCCCAAAAGGAAAAGUAAGCACUCAGAUCAUGCAUCAAAGAAGUCGGCAAAGAAGAAGAAGCGAUCAAAGCCAGAUCAACCGCCUUUUAUCCCAUCUCCACAUGUAUCUGAAGAUAACAUUAGAGAAGAUUUAGAGGAGCCCACAUAUUCUCUUAAAUCUGGUAUAACCUCUAGGUCAUUUCCUUUCUUAGAUUCCUUAUUUCAAGCACCAUCUGAUUAUGUCGAAUCAUCUUCCCCAUCUCCAGUUUCACCAGCAUGCUUUCAGUCGGAUAUAGAAGGUCCAAGCAAUCAUGUCUCCUUGGAUUAUGAUUCACUUGAGGACGAUGAUCAAGACGGUGAAAAGAAAUCCAAACUUCAAGAUCUUCCUAUACACUCUCCAGUACAAGAUAAUCAGGAUGAGAAUACUCCAAUGCAAACGAUAGACAUACCUUCCAAUGAAGGACUGAUAGUCGAUGAUGAGCGAAAUGACAUGUCAAUUGUCCUACACUCCAAAGCAAAUACUAGGACACACAAGUGGAAAAACUAA